GCGGUACGGGAGGGCGAGUGCACCUACGCGGGCGCCUAUGCCAGAGUCGAGAGUACGCGACUGCGCGAGCCGGCCCUGAACCAUGGCUCACAGACCCAAAAGGACUUUCCGCAGGCGCCAGGCGGAGUCCAGCGAAAGCGAUGACGCGGAGGAUCCGUCUGCAGAGGCCGAGGUGCCCAGAGAGCAGGAGGAGGAAGGUUGGCCCUCUGGAGGAGGCGGCGCGGAGGUGGCAGAACGGCAGCGGAGGGCCCGCAGGGGGCCUCGGGGCCGAGGUCUGGUGUGGGCGAGCUCCCGGCGCGCCCCGGAUGCUGCCUCCCGCGCGGACGGCGGCCCGCGCGGCCCAGAUGUCCUGUUACAAUCCAGAACAGUUGGGUUUUCAGCGCAUGAAGAGGACGAAACACAUCCCUCCUUAGACAGUGAGAGUGAUCUGAGGCCAUCCUCUGACAGCACCAGCUCUCUAGAAGAAAAAGAAGCUUCUUCAAUAGUCAAGAUUCCUGAUGCGGCUUUUAUUCAGGCAGCCCGCAGAAAACGAGAGUUGGCCAGGGCCCAAAGUGACUUCAUUUCCUUGCGUGUAAACCAUACCUCCACCACCUUUGAUAAGAAGAGAAGCAGUGAGGAGGAUCCUGAGAGUGAGCCUGAUGAUUAUGAAAAGAGCAUACCAUUUACCCCAAAGCCUCAAACACUCGGACAAAGGAUGGCUGAAGAAACAACAAACAGAAGUGAAGAAACAAGUGAAGAGAGUGAGGAAGAUGAGAAUCAAGAUGUUUGGGAACAGCAGCAAAUGAAGAAAGUAAUUAAAAGUUUAGAGGCAAGAGACAUAAACCUUUCCCACUGCGGUGAAUCUCAAACAAUGAAGAAGCUUAAUACUUCCAUUUCAUUUCCACCAGUAAAUUUGGAAAUUAUAAAGAAGCAGUUGAAUACUAGAUUAACAUUACUACAGGAUACUCAUCGCUUGCACCAGAGAGAAUAUGAAAAGUAUGUGCAAGAUAUCAAGAACUCCAAGGCUGUAAUCCAGAACCUCGAAAGUUCCUCAAAUCAAGCUCUAAGUUACAAAUUCUAUAAAAGCAUGAAAACUUAUGUGGAAAAUUUAAUUGACUGUCUUAAUGAAAAGAUUAUCAACAUCCAGGAGGUAGAAUCAGCCAUGCAUGCCCUCCUUUUAAAACAAGCCAUGAUGCUUUUGAAACGCAGGCAAGAGGAAUUAAAAUACGAAUCAGCUUAUUUACAACAGCUUUCACGCAAAGCUGAGACAAAUGGAAGCUUGGCUGUAGAUGAAAAAUCUCAGUGGAUUUUGGAAGAGAUUGAAUCUCGAAGGACACAGAGAAGGCAAGCAAGAGUGCUUUCUGGGAACUAUACCCAUCAGGAGGGGACAUCUAGUGAUGAUGAACUGCCUUCCAAAGAGAAGACUGACUUCCAGAAAAGCCAAGGUGAUAUUUUACAAGAUUGUAAGAAAAUUUUUGAAGAUGUGCAUGAUGAGUUUUGUAACAUCCAGAAUAUUUUAUUGAAAUUUCAGCAAUGGAGAGAGAAGUUUCCUGAUUCCUACUGUGAAGCUUUCAUUGGCUUAUGCAUACCAAAGCUUUUAAAUCCCUUGAUACGAGUUCAGUUGCUUGAUUGGAAUCCUCUUAAGUUGGAUUCUGUAGAUCUAAAACAGAUGCCGUGGUUCGUGUCCAUAAGAGAAUUCAUGGACAAUGGUGUGGAGGAUGCAGCAAAUGAUGACAACCCUGAUAAAAACAUCUUGUCUGCUGUCAUCAACAAAACAGUUGUUCCUCGAAUUAUAGAUUUUGUAGAAUCCAUUUGGGAUCCUUUGUCAUCCUCGCAGACAGCAAGUUUAAUAACACACUGCAGAGCGGCUCUUGAAGAAUGUUGCACUGCUGAAAAUGAAGUUAGUAAAAACAAACAGGGUUUACUUAAAUCCAUUGUUUCAAGAAUGCAGAAAGCAAUAGAAGAUGAUGUCUUUAUUCCUCUAUAUCCAAAAAGUGCUGUGGAAAACAGAACAUCACCACAUUCAAAGUUCCAAGAAAGACAGUUCUGGGCAGCCUUAAAGCUCUUCCGCAACAUUCUACUUUGGAAUGGACUUCUACCAGAUGACACUUUGCAAGAUCUGGGACUGGGGAAGCUGUUAAAUCGCUACCUUAUCAUAGCUCUUCUCAAUGCCACCCCUACACCAGACACUAUUCGAAAGUGUAGCCAGGUAUCAGCAUCUCUACCAGAAAAAUGGUUUGAAAACCCUGCUAUGAAGACAUCAAUUCCCCAACUAGAAAAUUUCAUUCAGGUUUUAUUGCAGUCUGCACAUAAGUUAUCUACAUGUGAAUUUAGGAAUGAAGUCAGUGAAAUCAUUCUUAUUCUGGUGAAAAUAAAAGCUAUGAAUCAAGCAGAAUCCAUCAUAGAUGAGCAUCACCUGGAGCAUCUUAGCUCCCUAAUUAAAGAAGCUGAGUAAACCUUAGAGGAAGUACUGAGCAAGAAACAGCAUUCAGCUCCUUUGCAUGAAGACCAGCUGGUGCCUCUGUUUCCUCUGGUGGAGGCAGAAUUGCAGAAGAGCAGGAGCUGUCCUUGGUCCCUCUACACUUGAUCUUUUGGUACUAUGAAAGGCUAUUUGCUAGUGUUGUGGGGUCUAUAGGAAUUAAAUGCACAGCAGCAGUAAGAGUUCA